GGAGUGCCGCUAGCGAUUGGUCGUGACCGCGGCGGUGGGCGCGCCCCCUCCGUGCGGGUUUCCGAUUGGGGGAGGCCUGCGCGGCCCCGCCCCUCGGCGGCAGGAGCGAUCGGAAGCAAGCAUGGCGGCCACCGGGGCUGCAGCUACGGACCUAGAGGUGGUCCGAGGCAAGCGCGCCGCCCUCUUCUUCGCCACGGUGGUCAUCGUGCUAGGGUUGCCGCUCUGGUGGAAGACCACGGAGACCUACCGGGCCCCGUUGCCUUACUCCCAGAUCAGUGGGCUGAAUUCCCUGAAGCUGCGGCUAAUGGUGCCGGUCACUGUAGUGUUUACUCAGGAGUCAGUGCCAUUGGAUGACCAGGAAAAGCUGCCUUUCACCGUUGUGCAUGAGAGAGAGAUCCCUCUGAAGUAUAAACUGAAAAUCAAAUGCCGUUUCCAGAAGGCCUAUCGGAGGGCUUUGGAUCAUGAGGAGGCGGCCCUGUCACUGGGCAAUAUACAAGAGGCAGAAGCCAUGCUAGCUGAGCCAUCGGAGCAAGCAGAGGGCUCCCUGACAGUGUACGUGAUCUCUGAACGCUGCUCACUCCUCCCUCAGGACAUGAUGAGCUACAUUGGGCCCAAGCGGAUGGCAGUUGUGCGGGGGAUAACGCACCGGGAGGCCUUUAACAUCAUCGGCCGCCGCAUCAUCCAGGUAGCCCAGGCCAUGUCUUUGACUGAGGACGUUCUUGCUGCAGCCCUGGCUGACCACCUUCCCGAGGACAAGUGGAGUUCUGAUAAGAGGCGGCCUCUCAAGUCCAGCUUGGGCUAUGAAAUCACCUUCAGUUUACUCAACCCUGACCCCAAGUCCCAUGACGUCCACUGGGACAUCGAGGGGGCUGUCCGGCGCUAUGUGCAGCCCUUCCUGAGUGCCCUCAGUGCGGCAGGCAACUUCUCUGUGGACUCGCAGAUCCUUUACUAUGCUGUGUUGGGGGUAAACCCCCGCUUUGACUCAGCUUCCUCCAGCUACUACUUGGCCGCACACAGCCUCCCCCAUGUCAUCAACCCCGUGGAGUCCCGGCUGGGAUCCAGCGCCGCCUCCCUUUACCCCGUGCUCAACUUUCUCCUCUACGUUCCGGAGCUCGCCCACUCCCCCCUGUACAUUAAGGACAAGGACGGGGCUCCAGUGGCCACCAACGCCUUCCACAGUCCCCGCUGGGGUGGCAUUAUGGUAUACAACGUGGACCCGAAAGCCUACAACGGCUCGCAGCUGCCGGUGAGAGUCGAGGUGGACAUGAUGCGGGUUAUGGAGGUGUUCCUGGCUCAGUUGCGGCUGCUCUUUGGGAUUGCUCAGCCCCAGCUGCCUCCAAAAUGCCUGUUUUUUGGGCCUAAGAGUGAAGGGAUAAUGACCUGGGAGUUAGACCGGUUGCUCUGGGCCCGGUCCGUGGAGAACCUGGCCACAGCCACCACCACUCUCACCUCCCUGGCCCAGCUUCUGGGCAAGAUCAGCAAUAUUGUCAUCAAGGACGAUGUGGCGUCUGAGGUGUACAGGGCUGUAGCUGCAGUCCAGAAGGCGGCAGAGGAGUUGUCCUCUGGGCACCUGGCCUCUGCCUUCGCUGCCAGCCAGGAAGCUGUGACAUCCUCGGAGCGUGCCUUUUUUGAUCCGUCACUCCUCCACCUCCUCUAUUUCCCUGAUGACCAGAAGUUUGCCAUCUACAUCCCACUCUUCCUGCCCAUGGCUGUGCCCAUCCUCUUGUCCCUGUCCAAAAUCUUCCUGGAGACUCGCAAGUCCUGGAAAAAGCCUGAGAAGACAGACUGAGUGGGGUGGCAUCACAGUAGGAAGCCUUCCUUUCCAGCCAGGAGGGGAGGUGUUGGAUUGAGAGGCACAUAAUGGGGCCUGCCACAAAUGAUUUGUCUCCAGCCUGCUCUGUUGCCACUCCAGCAGUCAAAGUAUAACAAUCCAAGAGGGUUUCCUCUUUCCUGUCCUCCUGAUUCUUGUGGCUCAGGUCCCUCCCACUCUUCAUCUCCUCCCCCCACUCCAACCCCCAAACCUCAAAAGACCCAAUUUGGGUCUCCUUACCUGGCUUGCACUUGAAGGCCCUUUACUGUCUCCUGCUGCAGCAGGGGCAGCUUGUCUUUCUGCCCUGUUCCUCACAGUCCUCUUGCACUGAGGGGGAGCAUUAGGGAAAAGCCCUGGAUUGGGUUCUAGGGCCCCCUUCCUGCUUCUCUUUGAUCCCUCAGAGAGAACCUUAGCACUGCUCUUCUGGAAGGGGCCAGGCCCCUGUCAUCUCUGGGGCCUUCUCCCUUCCUCCUGGGUGGCUACACUUGGUGGGUGCAGCCUGAUGCUGUGUGUGGCAGAGGUUCCCUUCCUCAUCCCUUUAUAGAGGCAGUGUGGUACAGUGGGGAGAGUUCUGGACUUGGGAUCCAACAUGUCUGAAUUCAACCCUUGCUUCUGGACUUAGUAUCAGGGGAGCUUUGAAUAAGCUACUUAAUCCUCUCUGAGCCUCAGUUUUUCUUUUGUUAAAAUAGCACUAAUGACACCUCCCUUACAGGGUGGCUGUGAGGAUUAAAUGUGAUGAGCUUGUGAAAGUGUCUGGCAUAUUCUAGGCUCUGAAUAAACAUUGGUUGAAUAUGAACUGGAA